GGCCCCACAUGGGAUAGUUCUAGUAGAUAUACCUACUCAUAAAUAUAAUUAUUUUUUGACUGUCGGACUGACUCAUGGAAUGUUUCAUUUCUUGAGGGGAGGCAAUCCCAGGCCAAGUCUGACCCUUCGGAAUUUCCAGUGCAGUCAUAAACCCACCUUAUUUGUUAGUGACAAUAACCAUGCCUGGAAAAGCUAGCGAAAAACCCAAGGCUAGGAUGUGUUCUGCGUCACUUGAUUGUUUACACAUUUGGGACUUUCCAACGUCCCAAUGUUAAGAACUUCACGUGGUGGCCAGACGCAUCGGUCCCUUGGCUGAUCGCUAAGGGUCCCACACGUGUGCCGCGCGAGGGCGGGUCUUCUACCCCUCAAAAAACCUACGCAUGGAGGUAUCUGGCAUUGCCUCCCACCCCCUGGGUUCAGUCCAAGACAUAGCCUUAAUAUAAGUCAAUGUAAAGACACUUUUUAACCAGUCGUGGUCAUACAGUCGUCGUCGUCGUACCUUCUUCGUCGAAUACUCGCUGAGGUGAACGUACACCCCGGUGCUGACGCGAUUCACUAGGUACACUUAUACCUUUUUAUCCUGUAAUAUUUGACUGAGUUACCUUGCUUGGUUUAAGUAAUUCAAUUCGUAUACCAUUCGGUUAAUAGGUCUACUUGUACCUAUUAAUCAAUACAGACGAUCCACUUGUAUCGUAGUAUACUCACAUUAUUCGUACCCUUGUAAGCAUAUGCGAUCAGAUUUGAAUAAAUUACUUUGUUUAUUAAAGUUGUGAUUGCAUCCACACACUGAGAAAAUACAAGCGAUUCAGGAGAACCUACUCGUGCUAACACAUACAAACAUUUUUUGGUCCUUCGAGCCGGAUUCACAACGUAGUGAUCCAGUAAUAUUAGUGGUGAAUAGUUCGCGUACGUGCAGUGAUCUAAACCGCGUUUACAAAACAAUUAUCACCAACGAACAUUUAUCAGUGUGGAAAAUUAUUCCACCACUCACGUGAAGACAAUAGUCUCCAACACAUUCGGGCUACAAGAACCGACAUACGAUGCCAUCUACGAUGGCCAAUUUAAUCGCGUUGAGGCACGCACGAGGACAAAUCAAGGGCAGGAUAACUCGAUUCGCAACAUGGCUCAACUCCUUCGAUCCACUCACAGGCGACUUCGGAAGCUUGCUAUCACGGCUUGACGAAGCAACUAAUAUCAUAGCAGAGUUCAACGAAAUGCAGAAUAAGAUCGAGGCAAUUGACCAAGAAUCGAAUCACGAUGAAGAACGCCUUAUCUUCGAAGAUUCCUACCACACCACAAUAGGUAGGGCAAAAACGCUCUUGCAACGUUACACCAGUGCUACGCCCAACUCGGUAAUCACAAAUCAAACCGGAAAUAUAGAUAGUCAAAUGAUCAGUUCUGGCAUAAAAUUACCAACGAUGAGCUUACCUACGUUCAACGGUAAUUAUGACCAAUGGCUAAAUUUCCGCGAUACGUUCAAGGCUUUGAUCCAUGACAACCCAGCGAUAGCCGAUAUCCAAAAAUUCCACUACCUGCGGUCUUCACUUAAAGACACCGCAGCAGACGUGAUCGGUUCGUUAACAGCAUCCGCGGACAACUACAAAACUGCAUGGGAAAUGCUGACGAAACGAUUCAACAACACGAAGCUCAUGAUAAGUCGGAAUCUUCAAUCGUUAGCCGAAACUCCUUCGAUACCGAAAGAAUCGGGUCCAGCGUUACGACAAAUGCUUGAUCACGCUCAGAAGCUCUCGCGGUCCUUGAAGAUUCUGAAGGCAAAUACGUGGGACGCAGUAUUCACGUAUCAUAUUGUCAGCAAGAUGGACAACACGACGAAACGCGAGUGGAAAUGCUUCACGAAGGAUAUCGACAUGCCGACAGAAGCUCAAUUAAUCGAAUUUUUGGAAGAACGGUGCGCAAUAGUGGACACGGACGUGGCUGCAAAGACAGCAAUUAAAUUAAACUCCUCCGGUAAUGUGCGACAAUCGAACUCUAGACGGGACAAUACUAGUUUCACAGGCGUCUCAACAGACUCUUCAAAGUGUAAGGUCUGUGAAAACUCCCACGAAGUGUACAGGUGUCCAGUGUUUAGGAAUUUAUCGGUCGCGGCGCGGACAACUGAAGUCAAAAGGCAUAAACUUUGUAUGAACUGUUUGAGACUACAUAAUGGAAAGUGUACCUUCGGCCGAUGCCGAAAGUGUAACAGGUUCCAUAAUACGUUAUUACAUACGGAUUCUGAUCAGCACACAUUAAAUGCAAAGGAAUCCAGUGCACCUACACCAGAUCCAGAGCAUCCACGAUCUUCUGGCAACAAUGUUCAGAAGAUGCGACCGUCCGACGGAGCCAGUACCUCCCAAUCGACGGCCCCAUUCACAGGUGCGGUAGGCACCGCAAAAUCCCAAGUACUGCUGUCCACUGCCUUGAUUUUCGUGGAAGACAGUUACGGGAAAUUACACGAAUGUCGAGCACUUCUCGACUCAGGGUCCCAGUCAAACCUGAUGACUAGGGAACUCAGCGAUCGACUCUCCUUACCUAGGGAACGAUUCAACCUGCCAAUCGGUGGCAUCAACAAUACUUCUACGAAAGUACACGAACGAGUACAAUUAACGAUACGAUCACGACAGCACGCCUACAAGAGCACGCUGUCGGUCCUCGUCAUCGACGAGAUUGUCACGCAGCAUCCCGCCACGUGGAUCGACGCAAAACUAUUGCGUAUACCUGAGAAUCUGACCCUGGCCGACCCAACUUUCAAUCGUCCAGGCAGAAUUGACCUCCUCAUCGGUGCAUCAAUCUUCUGGGAACUGAUAUGUGCAGGUCAAAUAAAAUUGACCGACGGACAACCCAUGAUGCAGAAAACACAGCUUGGUUGGAUUAUCUCCGGAGAAGUUGCCGUCGCACAUCCCAAGAAGAAUCAGACUCACCAAUUUUGUGGAUUCGUUACCGACGAACAAAUCAGCGAUCAAUUGCACCGUUUCUGGAAAUUGGAGGAAUGCAACGGAAGAUCACAUUACACACGUGAAGAACGGGCCUGUGAGGAACAUUUCCAGCAGACACACUCCCGCAAAAACGAUGGAAGGUUCAUCGUCCAGUUACCAUUACGUAACGAUGUCUCUCAGUUAGGAGACUCAAAACAAACCGCGAUAAAACGCUUUCACGCAGUCGAACGCAAAUUAUCACGGCAGCCUCACCUGAAGGCUCAAUACAUUAAAUUCAUGGACGAAUAUGAAUCCUUGAACCACAUGACAGCAAUCAGCGAUAGUCUUCCUGGGGUACAACACGUGUAUUAUAUACCUCAUCACGCAGUUCUAAAGGAAGAUAGUUUAACAACCAAAUUAAGAGUGGUAUUUGACGGUUCGUGUAAAACUACGGCUGGUACAUCUCUCAACGAUAUAUUACUAGUCGGCCCAACAAUUCAGCAAGAUCUGUUUUCGAUCAUUUUACGGUUCCGACAACACAAGUAUGUCUUCACGGCAGACAUUGAGAAGAUGUACCGCCAAAUAAUCAUCCACAAGGAUCAACGGGAUCUCCAGCGCAUAGUCUGGAGACGCUCUCCGGAAGAACCCUUGCGAACCUUCCAAUUGAAUACGGUAACGUACGGUCUUGCAUCAUCACCUUUUCUGGCAAUCCGAUGCCUACAACAAUUGGCACUGGAAAAUCGCGACCGCUUCCCUGAUUCUACUCGGAUAAUCGAGGAAGAUUUCUACGUGGACGACUUGAUCACCGGCGCAGACACAUUGGAAGAAGCAAGCCGCAUUAAAGGUGAAGUCACAACAGUCCUCCAGCUUGCAAACUUCAAGCUAUACAAGUGGGCAGCGAACGACGAAACGUUACGUAAUAAUAUAAACAAUGAUGUUACUAUGGCGACUCGCAGUAUUGGAGACGACGUGAAAACAUUAGGUCUACGGUGGAAUCCCUUACGAGACGAGCUACAAUACCACGUGCAAGUCCCAGACGCUUCAAAAAGGGUUACCAAACGAACCAUACUAUCAACCAUAGCCCAGAUUUUCGACCCACUUGGACUAAUCGGGCCUACAACCAUUAGGGCAAAAAUCAUACUGCAACGCCUAUGGUUGUCAAAUAUAAGUUGGGAUGAAUCAGUCCCAUUAGACAUCCACACAAUGUGGACGCAAUAUGUCAGGCAGCUACAUAGACUGCAACACAUAAAAAUUCCACGGCUGGUGAAAACGCCCAGCCCGGACACGAUCGAACUGCACGGGUUCUGCGAUGCCUCUGAAGCCGCGUACGGAGCCUGCCUAUACAUUCGAUCGCACACACAAAAUGGCACCUGGACUUCAAGGUUGCUGUGCGCCAAAUCAAAGGUGGCACCAAUUAAAAACGUAAGCCUUCCACGGCUCGAGCUAUGCGGCGCACUUCUGCUGGCACAGCUGAGUCAUAAGGCCACACGAGCGCUCAGAAUGAAUAUUGACCGAUCAUAUUUCUGGAGCGACUCCACCAUUACUCUGGCUUGGAUCAAGGGCGAACCAUGUCAAUGGAAGACGUUCGUCGCUAACCGGGUAUCAGAAAUCCAAAACCUCACGGAUUCUCACGCCUGGAGACACGUUAAAUCUGAGGACAACCCCGCUGACGUCAUCUCACGGGGCAUCGACCCUCAACUACUGGAAGGGACUACAGCCUGGUGGCAGGGGCCUACCUGGCUCUCUGAAGGGCCUGAAGACUGGCCGCAACCCCAGAUGUCUCAACCGACGGACAUCCCCGAGACCAAACAGCAGAGUGUGGUACUUUUAAAUAUAGACAGAGACUUUGAAAUAUUUGAUAAGUUUUCGUCGUUAAGUAGAUUUAAGCGCGUAGUGGCUUAUUGUAUACGUUUCAAGCACAACACUUUGAAUCGGAAUAACCGAAGGUGCGGACCAUUAACGGUCAUUGAACUCAAUACAGCCCUCAGCUUAUUAAUUCGACUCAUGCAAAGGCAAGAAUUCCCUAACGAACGGAAAUCAUUGAAACUCAAUCAAGGUUUAAGUAAUAAUAGUAAAUUGUUGACACUACAUCCAUUUCUUGAUAAAGAUGGAAUUAUUCGAGUAGGAGGUCGGUUACGGAAUUCUCGCCUACCUGAGGGUCAGAGACAUCCUAUUAUACUGUCAGCAAAACACAAAUUAACCAAACUCAUCAUUCGAGAUGAGCAUUAUCGCCAUUUGCAUACCGGGGCACAAGCAUUACUAGCUUCUCUACGCACACGAUACUGGCCACUAGCAGGUAAAAACACGAUACGAAGCGUCCUGCGUCAUUGCAUAGUGUGCUUUAAAAACCGCCCUAACACUUUAAAUCAAAUAAUGGGCGAUCUACCUGACGCUAGAGUCAAUCCAGCGCGAGCAUUCUUAAAAUGCGGCGUAGAUUACGCGGGUCCGUUUUCCAUAAAAAUCUCACGUAAUAAAACCGGUAAGGCCUACUUAUGUCUUUUUGUCUGCCUUACAACCAAGGCUAUUCACUUAGAGGUAGCCGUCGACUUGUCAACCACGGGGUUUUUAAACGCUUUUAAACGGUUCAUAGCUCGUCGCGGUAGGCCGUCCGACAUGUACUCGGACAACGGCACAAACUUCGUAGGCGCGAAUAAUGAACUGAAGGAACUCCGUAGCCUCUUACAGGACGAACAAAGUCGCGCUACGAUCACAAAUUACUUCGCGCAAGAAUCCAUAAAUUGGCAUUUUAAUCCACCAAAUUCACCACACUUCGGGGGAUUAUGGGAAGCCGGGGUAAAAUCGGUAAAAACGCAUUUACGAAAAAUUAUCGGUAACGCGCUUCUCACCUUCGAAGAACUGUACACGACGUUCAGUUUGAUCGAAGCUUGUUUAAACUCGAGACCGUUAACACCUAUAUCGAACGAUCCUGACGACCUGAUACCUUUAACUCCGGGACACUUUUUAAUCGGGGAGCCUCUUACCUCGUUACCUCAACCGGACUUACUUGACGUACCCUUAAACCGCUUGACCAGGUAUCAACGCAUAACGCAGCUAAAGCAACAUUUCUGGUCACGAUGGAGUCUGGAGUAUCUGUCGAAUUUACAGCAGCGUUCAAAAUGGACGGAGAUACAAAAAACGACACUUCUACCGGGUGCGAUGGUAAUUUUGAAAGAUGACAACGUUCCACCUAUGCAAUGGCGUAUGGGCAGAAUUGUAGAAACCCAUCCAGGUAGAGAUGGACACACUAGGGUGGUCAGCGUUAAAACACGAAACGGCAUAAUAAAACGGGCCCUAGCAAAGGUCUGCAUACUUCCCUUAGAGGAGCACGAAUAGUCUUAAACACUUAUCUAUAAGACUGUACGUUAUUCUAUAUACUUAGUCAUAAUAAUUGAACUCUCAAGUGCGUUGAAAGUACGUUCUUUCAAGGCCGGCGGGAUGUUCGGCCCCACAUGGGAUAGUUCUAGUAGAUAUACCUACUCAUAAAUAUAAUUAUUUUUUGACUGUCGGACUGACUCAUGGAAUGUUUCAUUUCUUGAGGGGAGGCAAUCCCAGGCCAAGUCUGACCCUUCGGAAUUUCCAGUGCAGUCAUAAACCCACCUUAUUUGUUAGUGACAAUAACCAUGCCUGGAAAAGCUAGCGAAAAACCCAAGGCUAGGAUGUGUUCUGCGUCACUUGAUUGUUUACACAUUUGGGACUUUCCAACGUCCCAAUGUUAAGAACUUCACGUGGUGGCCAGACGCAUCGGUCCCUUGGCUGAUCGCUAAGGGUCCCACACGUGUGCCGCGCGAGGGCGGGUCUUCUACCCCUCAAAAAACCUACGCAUGGAGGUAUCUGGCAUUGCCUCCCACCCCCUGGGUUCAGUCCAAGACAUAGCCUUAAUAUAAGUCAAUGUAAAGACACUUUUUAACCAGUCGUGGUCAUACAGUCGUCGUCGUCGUACCUUCUUCGUCGAAUACUCGCUGAGGUGAACGUACACCCCGGUGCUGACGCGAUUCACUAGGUACACUUAUACCUUUUUAUCCUGUAAUAUUUGACUGAGUUACCUUGCUUGGUUUAAGUAAUUCAAUUCGUAUACCAUUCGGUUAAUAGGUCUACUUGUACCUAUUAAUCAAUACAGACGAUCCACUUGUAUCGUAGUAUACUCACAUUAUUCGUACCCUUGUAAGCAUAUGCGAUCAGAUUUGAAUAAAUUACUUUGUUUAUUAAAGUUGUGAUUGCAUCCACACACUGAGAAAAUACAAGCGAUUCAGGAGAACCUACUCGUGCUAACACAUAC